AUGGCGUCACCGGCACCCAAAUCACCCGAGCAAUCUGACAAAAACAGAAAAUAUGACAGACAGUUGAGGUUAUGGGGUGACCAUGGCCAAAGUGCUUUGGAAAAUGCAAAAGUUUGUCUUAUAAAUGCUAAUUGUUUGGGUACGGAAAUUUUAAAAUCUUUAGUUUUACCAGGAAUAGGUUCAUUUACAAUAGUAGAUGGGAAAAAAGUCACCGACGAUGAUAUUGAGUCUAAUUUUUUCCUGUUGGCCGACAGUUGCGGGAAAUCUCGGGCCGAAGUAACAAAUCAGCUUUUGGUUGAACUAAAUCCAGAUGUUCAUGGUGAUUAUAUUGAUGAAGACAUAGAACAAGUAUUAGAAAAUAAUCCAGAAUUUUUAAAUAAUUUUUCUAUUAUUGUUGCUACUGAGUUAAAAGAAAAAACAUUAAUGGAAUUGUCUAGUAAAUUAUGGGAACUAGAUAUCCCAUUUUUAAAUUGUAAAAGUUAUGGAUUUUUAGGUUAUAUUCGAACUCAAGUUAAAGAACAUACUGUGAUAGAAUCACAUCCUGAUAAUUUGCCUCAGGAUUUAAGACUCGAUAAGCCAUUCCCUGCAUUAAUAGAAUAUGUCAACUCUGUUAAUCUUGAAGAAAUGGAGUUAAAAGAUCAUGCUCAUGUACCAUAUCUAGUUAUUUUAUUUAAAUAUUUAGAGAUUUGGAAAAAAUCAACUGGAAAAGAUUUUCCAAGAAAUUUUAAAGAAAAGGAAUCUCUUAAAGAAAUGAUUAGAUCUGGAAUUCUUAAAAAUGAUGAAGGUGUUCCUGAAGUAGAAGAAAAUUUUGAAGAAGCUAUUAGAGGUAUCAAUUCAGCUGUGAUACCUACAAUUGUUCCUUCUAGUAUUAAACAAAUUUUAGACGAUGAUGCUUGCAUCAAUUUGACCUCUAAGAGUAAACCAUUUUGGGUUUUGGCGAAAGCAUUAAGGGAUUUUAUUGAAAAUGAAGGUAAUGGCUGUUUACCAUUAAGAGGAUCCUUACCUGAUAUGACAGCCAACACAUUUAGUUAUAUUGCUCUACAGCAAAUUUAUCAUACGCAAGCUGCUAAGGAUGCCGAUAUAGUUUUUAGAAGAGUACAACAAUUAUUACGAGAAUUGAAUCAAUCACCUGAUACAAUAUCGGAAGCUGAUACGAAAUUAUUUUGCAAGCAUGCUUCAGAAUUACAAUUAGUGAGGGGUACUUGCAUUACAGAUGAAUAUCAAGGGAAAAAUACUAGUUUACAAAGCAUAGUUUCAGAGUUGGAACCUCCUGGAAGCAUGCUUCUCUAUUAUCUUUUAUUAAGAGGAGUUGAAAAAUUUUAUGGAGAAUAUAAUAGAUAUCCCGGUGAAUGUAAUGAUGAUGUGCAACCGGAUAUCGUACAACUUAAAGGAUGUAUAGCGAAAUUAUUAGGUGAAUGGGGAUCUGGUCCAUUGUCUAAAGAUGAUUACGUUCAUGAGAUUUGUAGAUACGGUGGUUGUGAACUUCAUUCAAUUUCAUCAUUUGUCGGUGGUUGUGCAGCUCACGAAAUAAUAAAAUUAAUUACAAAACAGUAUUUACCGAUACAAAAUACAUUCAUAUACGAUGGAAUGAGUUCAAUUACGGCAACUUUUAGUUUGUAA